AUGGCUACUUACGAGAAGUACCACGACGAGGCAACUCACAGCAUCCCGCAAGAUGAAGCCGACGAAAGAGAGGUCUUUGGCAACGAACACCGUCAUGAGAUUCAGUACCGGACCCUCAGCUGGCCUUUCGUAGCAUUCAUCAUGACCACCGAGAUUGUGACAAUAGGGACAUUGGGGUUCCCGCAGGCCUUUGCAGUGGUCGGGAUUGUGCUCGGCAUCAUCGUCAGCAUCUUCUGCGGUGUAUUUGCACUGUAUACAGCCUUGUUGCUCAUCGACUUCAAACUCAAUCAUCCAGAGGUUCACAGCAUGGGCGACGCUGGCUUCGUUCUGUUUGAACCAUUCGGCCUUGGGUGGCUUGGUCGAGAAGUCUUGAGCGCGGGAAGCAUAAUUUUUGCUGUGUUUUCCGUCGGUGGCAUGCAAUUCGCCGGCGGACUAGCUCUUGCUGCUUUAUCAGACCACAAGCUUUGCGCCAUGGUAUACAACGCUAUUUUUGCUGUUGCAAUCCUCGUUGUAUCACUGCCACGCACGCUGGACUACGGAUUGCAGCACCUCAGUCUGAUCGCAUGUGUCUCGGUUCUGAUCAGCGGUGUCAUAGGCAUGAUUGGUGCUGGCAUAGACCCAGUCCCCGGACGGCAUAUCGACGUUGCGGUACCGCAGUCGUUCUCAACCGCUUUCCUGACCAUUACCAACCCAGUCAUUGCGUAUGCGGGCCACUUCAUGUUCUUCCCAUUAAUGUCGGAAAUGAAGCGCCCACGAGAUGCAAAGAAGUCAGCAUGGUUCCUCCAGAUCUUCGCAACUACCUUCUACGUCCUAUUCGGAGUCGUCACAUACGUGUAUCUUGGCUCGACCGUUACCAACCCGAGCUACUUGUCGUUGCCGUCAACGGUGUGGGCAAAAGCUGCCUGGGGACUUCUAUUGCCGAAUGUCCUUGCAGCAGGGGCGCUAUACAACCAUGUUGCAAGCAAGAUCAUCUUCGUUCGAAUCUUCAGAAAGAGCCACCACCUGCACUCUCAUACUUGGCUGGCGUGGACGGUCUGGAUCUCAUUACUGGUGUUGGCCAGUGGUGUGGCCUAUGUGCUAGCAGUCGGGAUAGCGGUGUUCUUUCUCCUCGCUGGACUAGCCGCAGCAGCGUUUGCGUCGUGGUACACUUAUGGGCUUGCUGGCGCUUUCUGGUGGCACGGGUGGGCAGCUAUACGAAGACACACUUUUGGGUUCACGUUGGCAGUUCUGACGCUGCUGGCCGGAGGCUUCAUUUGCGUUGCUGGUCUGUUCGCCAUCAUCGAUGCGCUCGUGCAGCAGUACGCCAGUGGAGCAGUCGGACAGCCUUUCAGCUGCUGA